CAUAUUGAAUGUUUGGUGUUUUGGUUAUUUCUCGGUGGCUUAUCAUGUGUUCCUGAUAUUUUGUUAAAUUUAAAGGCGUGUAACCCCGUACUACUUAUAUGAUAACUUUCAGCCGUUCACCAUGUCACACGAUACUUACAACAAACAGUGGAAUGAAGCCCAGACUGGCUUAUCAGACCUGUUGCAGCUAGAAAUCCCAGUAGAACCACCAAAACCAGAGAAAGACCGCCUCACUGCAUUCCAAAACUAUGCAACAUUUUACAUCAAAUACCUACAAAUAUUCCACAAAUUAGAACAAUCGUAUGAUCAGAUAGUCCAUCCACAGAAGAGGCGUGUACUCCGACAUGUCUUGGAUGGAUGUAUGGGUAGAGUACUCGAGCUGAAAAAUGAAAUGGUUUUGCUUGAAUGUUCUGAGUUCCAAUUCUUUGAUGACAUUUUGUCGGAUUUGAAACUAGCACCGAAUGAUAUUGAAAUUCCCAUCCCAAAGUACUUCCUUCAUGAGAGGCUCAAAACACUCCAGGAUCGAGAAAAACUGUUGGGUCAGAUCUUGGCCAAGAUGGGACCACAAGAAGAGAAGAAGGAAGAAAUUACAAUGUCGUUAGAGGAAGCCAUCAGGAUGAUCCAAGUUCAUGAGAGAGCAAGGCAAGGACGACUGAGGGCAAAGUUCAUGCGAGAGAUCCGUAUCCAAGAAGAGCGUGAAAGAAUGGCUGCUAAUAGAGGAGCGCCAACACUUGAUCCUGAUGUAGCUGCUGUCAGAAUUCAGAAGGUUUGGAAAGGGUUUGCUAUUCGUAAAAAGACCAGAAGAGAGAGGGAAGAGGAGAUGAUGUUCAUUGGAAUGGUACCAGUUCCCCUUCCUUCCAGCACUAAAAACCUUCCCCAAACCCAUGCUGAGAAGACAGAAGCAAAUAGGAGAGUGACACAGGAAGAGCAUGAGAGAGAGUACCAACAAGCACUUGAUACAAUUAAGAAUAAAAUCCGAGAAGUGGAAGGUCCUGACAUGAAAGAAACAAUGCAGGACCAAAUCCGACAGUGGUUCAUUGAAUGUCGUGAUGCCUCCGGUAAAUUUCCUGAGUUUCCGAAGGAAGAGGAAGGUGGUUCAGCUGCAAUCUUCAAAGAGAAAGAUCCAGCUGAGGUUGAAGCAGAACUUGCAGAGAAAGACGAUGAUAAAGGCGGUAAAAAGAAAGGAAAGAAGGGAAAGGAUAAGAAGGAUAAAAAGAAAAAAGACAAGAAAGAUAAAAAGGGCAAAAAGGGCAAGGGUAAAAAAGGCAAAGGAGGAGAUGAUGAAGAAGAGGAAGAAGGUUUCAAAAUGCAGCCAUCAAACUUUCUUCCAACAGUUAAAGAGGCUUCUGACACUUAUUCCAAUGUGUGGAAAGAACGUGAUGAGUCUACUAAUUUUAGUCAGAAACAUGAUUCAGAGCUGAUCAAAGAAGAGAAGCGUAUAGAGGUGGAACAAGAAGUGAGAUUGCAAGUAGAUGAGCUAAUGAGAACAGAAUUGAAGAACCUUAAACUGGCUGUCGAUCGCGAUAAGGGCAAAAAGGGCAAAAAAGGCAAGAAAGGCAAGAAAAGUGGCAAAAAGAGUGGUAAAAAGAAGAAGAAGAAAAGUGGUAAGAAAAGUGGGAAGGGUAAAAAGAAAAAGAAGGAGAAGGAUCUUACCGCAGACAGGACAAUUGAAUCACUGUAUGAAGAACUUGUGAUGGAAGGUAUCCUGGGAGCACCUAAAGUACAGCUGAAGGAGUUUGAAGGAGAAUAUAGUUAUUUAGGUACCACUCUGAGACAAGCCAAUAUUGAGCCUAUGCCCUCUUUGUCUGAUGUGAGACAGCUAGUGUCACUCUAUGGUAUUCUUCCUCUAGGUUCCCAAGCCGUCCAUGAAAAAUCACCACUGGUAAAAAGCAUGCUAUUGGCUGGACCUAGGGGAACUGGAAAAAAGAUGCUAGUUCAUGCAGUUUGUACUGAGACUGGAGCUAAUCUUUUUGAUUUGACUGCCACAAACAUUGCCGGCAAAUAUCCCGGCAAAAGUGGGCUACAAAUGAUGAUGCAUAUGGUGUUCAAGGUUGCUAGGCAACUACAACCCUCCGUGGUCUUCAUUGGUGAUGCUGAGAGAACAUUUAUGAAAAAAGUGCCUAAGACAGACAAGACUGACCCAAAAAGGUUGAAGAAAGAUCUUCCCAAAGUGUUGAAGACUAUCAAACCAGAUGACAGAGUACUCAUCAUAGGAACCUCAAGGUGCCCAUUUGAAUGUGAAAUCAAAGGCAUCACUGGUAGCUUUCAGAAGAUUAUCUUAAUCCCCAGACCAGAUUAUGCCUCUAGAUAUUUGCUGUGGCGUAGUAUUAUUGUAAAAUACAAUGGCAUCAUCACAGGUGUACUGGAUGUCAGUUCUUUAUCCAAGAUCACUGAUGGUUACACGCAGGGUCAUAUGGUGACGGCAUCUCAGCAAGUAUUAUCUGAACGGCGUAUAGCUCAACUCUCAAGGCGUGCACUACAGGCAACAGAGUUUGUAGGUCCCCUGGCUAGAAUUGAUCCUAUUUACAAGGAAGAAGAGGAAGCAUUCAAGACGUGGUAUGGAAAGACACCACUUGGUAAGAAACGAGCUAAGUUAGCGCAGCCAGAUGAUGAAGAUGACGGCAAAGGAAAAAAAGGAAAGAAGGGUGGGAAGAAAGGCGGAAAGAAGAAAAAGAAGAAGUAA